AUGUCGCAUAACGAAGACGCGGUCGAUGCGUCGGCCAAUUCGGCUCCUGACCUUCAGAUCUUGGGUGAUGAAGUAACCCUCCAGCCCAGUGGCUAUGUUGAGCCGCCACCCAAGACUAUUCCCGAGGGAAAGGAAGAGGCCUUGAUGGACAAGUUUGCCUCAUUCCGCUCCGAACCUUUCCAAUUCCUUCGCGAAGUGUCAUUAUAUGUGUCUGGUCAAGGAUGGCGAGCUUACGAUCGCGUCAUUGGCCAGCCUGUCUUCUACUCUGGGUUCUCAGAGAACAUGAAGAACAUGGUCCUCUCAGCUCCUCUUCUUCAGCAAAGAAUCAGCCGGCUUGCUGAACACCGUGUGGCUGUUGAAGAGCGCGAGGGUAUGCUGCCGAGGGACAGUCAAGACUAUGGCGCCAAACGGGCCCAUCGACUCACAGAGAUCGAGUCAGGUCUUCAAGAGCUUGCGGAGAAGUGGACUGACGAUAUGAUAUGCAAGAUGGAAAGCAAAGCGUUUAUUCGUGGGGCCUACUACUUGACCACUCAGCUAUUGACGCGCGCAUAUCACCAAGGUAUCCAUGUUUCCAGUGAAGAGGUUUUGCGCCUGCGGAAGGUCGCUGAGGUCGCAGCAAAGAAGAAACAGAGCAUCAUCUUCUUACCGAGUCAUCGAUCGCACGUCGAUUACGUCUCUCUGCAGCUCAUUUGCUACCGCUUAGGCCUUACGUUACCUGUCGUGGUCGCAGGGGACAACUUGAACAUCCCAGUCUUGGGCGAAUUCCUUCAGCAUGCAGGAGCCAUGUGGAUUCGAAGGGCGUUCGGCGAUGAUGUCCUCUACACCACAUUAGUCCAGUCAUAUAUCGAUACACUUCUUCAAGAAGGCUACAACUUCGAGUGCUUCAUUGAGGGUGGACGCUCUCGUACAGGGAAGUUGCUACCUCCAAAGUUUGGUAUUCUUAGUUUUGUACUCGAUAGUAUUUUAUCUGGGCGUGUUAAGGAUGCUAUCAUAUGCCCUGUCAGCACCCAGUACGAUAAAGUUAUUGAGACGGAGGGUUAUGUUACCGAGCUUCUCGGAAUGCCCAAGAAGAAGGAGAAUCUUGCUGACUUUCUGAGCGGCGGAUCUUCCGUCCUUUCAUUACGCUUGGGUCGCGUGGAUGUCAGGUUUCAUGAGCCUUGGAGCUUACGAAAGUUCUUGGAUGACCAGCUAUCAAAAUUGCCCAGUGUACCGCGCGGUCUCGAUACUGAUCAUCAACGUCCAGAAGUCCGAGCAGUACGAGAGAAACUUCUACGCACGAUGGGCUAUCAGGUUCUGAGCGAUAUCAACGAAGUGUCUGUCGUGAUGCCUACAGCACUGAUAGGGACUGUUCUUCUGACACUCCGUGGUCGCGGAGUGGGCAAGGAAGAAUUGAAACGGCGAGUUACAUGGCUCACAGAACGCGUACGUGCAAAAGGUGGGCGCGUGGCCCAUUUCGGCAAUGCACCUCUGACCGAAAUCAUCGAACGCGGUCUCGAGGUUCUCGGUAAAGAUCUUGUUGGCGUGGUCGAGGGUCUUGCUGAGCCUACAUACUAUGCUGUCGACCGCUUCCAGCUGUCAUUCUAUCGCAACAUGACGAUCCAUCUUUUCAUUUACGAGGCACUCGUCAGUGCAGCAAUGUAUUCGAGGGUUAAGGGGGGAGGAGGGCCCCAAAUGCAAGACAUGCCAUUUGAUGAGCUGAAAGAACAAGUAUACUUUCUUUCGUCACUGUUUCGAGGCGAGUUCAUCUUUUCUAAUGAGGGUCUUGACACCAAUCUGGAUCGGACUCUGCGAGGCUUGGAGGCAGACCAAGUUAUAAGGAUUGACCGCGACGCAGAGGGCAACGUCACAAUGGUUGGUCUUUCGGACCAGGAGAGAAGGGCCGGAAGAGAGAACUACGAUUUUUACUGCUUCCUUAUAUGGCCUUUCAUCGAGGCUACUUGGUUGGCAGCAGUCUCUCUGAUGGGUCUUACUCCCCCCCUGGGCCAAAAUGGAGAGAUCUGGAUUGAACAAGGCAAAACACACAACAGCGCACAGUUGCUCGGCAAAACACUUUAUCAUCAAGGCGAUCUCUCGUAUUUUGAAGCUGUCAAUAAAGAGACUCUAAAGAACUCGUAUACACGCUUCGAACAAGACCAACUCCUCCAUGUUGUUAAAUCAAAAGACUCAAAGAUUCCUCCGCGUGUGCAGCUUGACGCCUCCUGGCGAACUCCUCGCGAUCCCAAGACCGGCGCGCUGCUAGCGGAGGGCAAACUUUGGGGCUUUACUGAGAAGAUCGCCAAAUCACGACGUGAAGGCAAAAACCGUCGUGAUGGCGCCACGGUUAGCAGCCGUGUGCUCCGACUUACCGAUGAGCUCGGCCGUAAACUUUGGGAGGAAACAGUGGAGGGUGAACGCAGCGGGAAAGCCAAGGUCCCUAGCAGAUUAAACAACGAAGAGAAGGAAGCUUUUGGCAAGAGUAUCAGGCAAGUAAAGAAGAAAAGAGAGGAGAGGGCUCGGGCUCAUCUUUAA